AUGGCCCCGCUCGCGGACGAGUUCGCGAGGGCCUUCCAGCGCUCGCAGUGGGGCGUCAGCGGCAAGGUCGAGCCCAGGUUCUUCGCGGACAGCUUCGCCUUCCGGGACCCGGACGUCUCCACGAAGGGCCUCAAGGAGUACGCGAGUGGUACGGGUACGGUGCUGUCAAACUGCAGAGCCGACGUCACGGAGGUGCUCGUGACAGGUCCGAGUACCUUCGUGAUCAAAUGGCGCAUAGAGGGCACGGCAAACGUCCCCGUCCCUGGGCUGCGCAUCAAGCCCUACAUCGUCAUCAGCACCUUCACGGUCAAUGGCGACGGUUUGGUGGACUCCGAGACGGAUGCGUUCUCGAUUCCUUCAUGGGACAUUCUGCUGUCUGCUGUGGCACCUUGGCUUCCCUUCCUCGCUCCUGAAGAGCCUUCGGUGCAAUCCCCGUACGCGUGA